CACAGCCGUACAGCCACACGCCACACAUCUCGGCUCUCGGCUGUAUUGCGAAAGCAAGCGAAUAUUUCGCGCUGAAUGGGCUGAGUCGUGUUAUUUGAAUGGACGAAAAUUGGCGCCUAGAGUGAUCGAGGUCAGAGAUCUGUCGCAACCAUGGACCCGGACGACUACGAGAUUGCCAACGCAGCAUCGGCGGCCGAAAUCGCGUAUUUGAAGGAGCUGCAGGAGGACCAGAAGAAGGACGCCGUCGAGACGGCGGGCGGAGCCGCAUUGCAGGUGGACACCAACAACUCGUCCAUCCUCGACCAGAUCAUGUCCACGAAGAAAACCAUCAACCUUCUGGAUAGCUUCAUGAAACUGUCCAUCGAAGAUUUGAAGCAGUGCCAACUACAGCAGGGCGAUGCUCAGGGUCCGCACUGGACGCUGAUUGUCAACGACGGCCUCUGUCUGCAGCUGAGACUGGUGUGGCUGCAAGGGGACAUUGUCUACGACUUUCCCGACUUCUUCAUUCUGCGUGACAUGACUGAGGCUACCUGCAAAGUUCUCAAAACCCAAUCAACCACCAUGAGCUCAGACUGGAUGGCUACAGGCGUGUACUGUUCUGUGAUGGGCCAGCUGAGGGAAGCUGGUGACAGCCCUCAGGUGGUGGCCCUGAAGCUGACCGAUAUGACUGACAACAACAACGAGGUAAUCAGGACCAUGUGGCCUUUGGAAAUCCAUCAGCUCAAAAGCAUGCUAGCCAAAGAUGGCAAAAUCGAGUGCGACUCGUCCGAGAGCAGCUCCAGCAGUUGCUCUUGCACCAGUUCUUGCUCAUGCAGCGACUCUGAAUCUCAAAACGAAUAGCAUUAUAUGUUACAAAAUAUGUUCUCUUGAUGCAAUUUAUGACCUUUCGUGAACUCAUAUGACUGCGGGUCUAAAAAUGAUGGUUGAUGUUUUAAAAUUUAUGAGAUAAUUGGGGCAUAACUAAUAUUUGGAAACGAUUUAGAUGUUCGGUAAAUUAUUCCGUAAUUUUGUGAAUGUUUUUGCCAGGGGCUUGAUGCAGCAAUGAAUCAAGUUUCCAUUGUUUGUGGACCAAUCAGAAAUGGUGCCAUCAAACUGACACAACUUCUCUGCUUAGCUAACAACAAUGUAAACAAAAUUUCAUUGUUGCAUUGAGCGCCCGUUGGUUUUUGCUGAUUGUGAAUUCUGCACUGGAGUCAUCACGUGUUAUUAAGUUUUAUUUAUGAAUUAGUUGUAAGUUGCCAAAGCAGUGGCGCGAAAUGUCCUAUUUUUGCAUUAUUGCAAAUUAUAUUUGGUAUCUCAGGUUUCCGAUACGAUUGCAUUUGAAUGGCUUGCCAGUUGACCGGGUAGCAGACUGAAUUGACAUGUUACCAUUUUAAAACUGUUAACGAUAGCAUUAGUCUAUAUUAUCUCUCUAUUUUUGGGAAACAAUAGACACAAAACACCUACGGAUAACUUUCAAAAAGUAUAAAAAAACCACUGUUUCAUGUUGUGCACUCUUCAAUUCCACACAAAAGUUGAUGUUCUCUAUUUCUGAAAUAAAGAUGCAAUCUACUUCAAAACCAGACGUUUUUCAAUAA